GGCGUGGCGAUGGAAAACCCUUGGAAAACGAAUAACACCACAAUAGCUCCAGCGAAGGCUCCUCGAGCUGGACGCUGGACGUCCGCGCCGUCACUAUUGCAACAAUAUCCAUGGAUAAACAUCCAGCCACAGCGCUUGGGGGCUCCUAACGUACGAUCAACAAAGUGUCGCAACGUGGGUUUCAAAAUCUGUCCUCGGCGGCAUUUUCACUUUCUCAACGACACCAAGGAUGACCGCGACGUCGCCACGCCACAGCCUCGACACGGUCGAGAGCCCUGACGUUGACCUUCACGAACUCCUCUUGGCAUGCGAAGUGAAUGUGCUCGAUGUUCAAGAACAAGACGUGCAAUUGCCGAACGGCGACCUCAAUUCGGAUGAUUUCAACGUCACGGUGCCAGGCGUGGAUUUUUCUGCCUUGCUCUCCGUUGGAGCAGAGGAAUACGACAAUGGGGACGAUUGGAUCGCCAUGAAUUGUGAUGGCAGUGUCAUUGACACGUACUCGUCCGACGACUCGAUGGAGAUUCUCGCCGCCAACGAUCUCGGACCAACUCCCGACGUAGCUCCGUCAGAAGCCUCCGAAAAGGGAAUGGUGUACCUCGCUAAAAUCCACAGUAUGUUGGAGCAAUGCCCGUCCAGUGUUGCUGCGUGGACGAAUGGCGGGUCGUCGUUUGCCAUUUACAACUGGACCGCAUUGGAGAAGACAAUUCUCCCAACGUAUUUCAAGCCCAUCAAGUUUGAGAGCUUCGCCCGUCAACUCAACUCGUACGGGUUCAAAAAGACCAAACUCGUCGAGAACCACACGAUAGUGUUCGAGUUUGCCCACCCUCUCUUCGUGCGUGGUCAGGUGGACCAACUCAAAACCAUCAAGCGACGCCGCCGGCGCAUGCAGCGAUGGAGUGCCGUCGACGUGGAGGACAUGACGGACGCCGAGUUACGUUCGACGUUCAGUGACGUGGUCCGUAUGGUGCAAACGAUGCAUGCAGAAGUGGCCGAAAUGAAGUCGUUGGUCCAAUCCCUCGUGGAAACAUCCCCCUGCGACGCCCCCACACCUUAGCCCCAACGCAAUUGCCUGCAUCGACCCUUUCAGAGCACGACUUAACUUAUGAACAUGACAAAUAGAUAUUGCAA